UGUCAUAAAUUCACAUAAGUACAGAGAUCGACCAAUCCAAAUUCAGUUUUCUUGUUUUUAUUUUUAAAAUUUUUGGAAUAUUGCCGACGGAGAAAGCACAAUGGAUGGUUGCCACAAUGACAUCUUAGCACCCCUUAUACUAGCUGUAAUGGUAGCCAGUGGUCAUCCACUCACCCUGGACGAGAUCGUCGAUGAAGUGACGGCAGUGAUCAAUUCCCAAACUGAGCUCGCCGUGGUUUCAGAUAAUAUUGGAGACGGAAAAUUUGGCUACAGAACGUUUAAUCCCAGACGAAAAUAGUGGAAUCUCGUCUUUGGGACCAUUUAUAAAGCAAUAACUCGAGAAUGACUCUAAUAAAUUUUAUCAUUUAAACAAGAA